AUGGACACGUUAUUGCUAGAAGAUGCACCCAGUGACCCGAAUCGAUGCUUCGGAUUUCAAAAAUCUACUCACGUUUAUGUUCUAUUCAUUCUGAUUGCUGGAUUCUAUUUAUAUAGAUUAUGUUAUCAGAUAUGCGAAGGCAAUAUAUUCAUGCCGACAGACAAUAUGAAUGUGUCGGACCAAACGCAAACAAACUCUGAGGGAUUUAUCCAUGGUCUAGAAAAGUUUAAUAUAAAUUAUUAUGAUUGUUAUCAUCCAACGUUUAGUUCGGCAAUGAUUCCAGAAAUAACGGUUAUCGCUUUUCCAAUACCUCCUUUGCUUCCUCCAAGUACUGGAGAUGAAGAAGGCAUGUGA